AUGUCUGCUCUCAAUUACGUCCGCAUGGACAACUCUGUAUCCUGGCGGCAAGAGUUCAUGGAGGAAAAUAGUGAGCAACCAUACGCCGACUCCUCGCAGUAUCCAGAUUACCCCAUGUUUCACCAUUCCACGCCUGGAUAUACCGUCUCGCCUUCCACAAGUGAUAAUGCCCCUGCACAAAAUUAUGAGAUUCCGGAAUGGCAAAGCAUGAGUUCUCAACCAGAGCUUCAAGAUACUUUCUACAAGAAAGCUGGAACUUCGCAAUUAAACCAUUGGGGUUCUGGCGGUCUGGCACCGCCUCCCAUGUCGCGAUCGUUAACUUAUACUCAUCCCCACACACCCUACGAGAAUCUAUCUGACUAUGAUGAAUACUAUGGCUUGAGCGUUUCACCUGAUAUGAUCAGCGAAGGAUCAAGAACAAGUGAAGCUACCAUUGACUACCCACAAUUCACAGCCGCCUCCAUCCCAUCUCAAAUACAGUACGAGCAGGCCUUGAAUUCCGAAAUGUCUGUAAUUUCCAAACGUUUCUCUGAGACAUCCUCCAUUAUCGAUAGCGAGUAUCACAUCUCCAUCACAGAUCAUCAACAGCCGACUCGAAAACCUGUUUCAGCACUUCACAUGGUCGAAGGUUUUGGACCCCUGACGGUUAUUCACAAAGCUGAUAACACAACUACUGUGCUACCAGGAAUUGUUAAAGAUGACCCCAGUAAACAAAAUAUCACCUAUUGGAUUCCUUUGGACUCUUUAACUCAUGAGCGUCAUGCAAGUAUCUCCAAAGAGGCCCACAUGAGGGGCCUUCACCUGAGUUCUAUUGCUUCCAUGCUAGACUUGUUCUCUGACGAAGAUGGUGCAACAAAAUGCCCCUGGGAGAUCCUGACGCAAGAACGCCCUACCUGCCCUAUUCUGGAGAUUGACUUGUUCGAAGCCAAAGACGGAGUUGCCGAUGAGGACACAAACCGCAAGGUUAAAGGAAAAGAAAAAAUCAAGCGCCCUCUCAACUCGUUUAUGAUUUACCGCCGUUCUCAGACACAACGAGCCAUGAUUAACGCCCGACGACAGAACAUGAAACUAGAUCAUAAAACGAUCUCCUCUGUUAUAGGUCUCUUAUGGCAAACUGAGCGUGCCACAGUACAAGACUAUUUUAUUCAGCUCAGUGCUAUUGAGAAGUCCCGUCACAGGAUGCUGUUUCCAGGCUACCGAUUCCAACCGCGCAGGAAGUCACGGAGCGAAUCGUCCAUAUUAAAAUCCAAGGAAAGCGCUGCUACAGCAAAAUAG